AAAGUAUAUUUUGUAAACGUGUUGCAAUUGGUUGAUUUGUGUACUUAACAGCGUGGCAUCGCGAUUGUCAAAUAAACCGAAAUCAGCCGAAAUUUAACAUCAUAUGGUUUGGUGUCAGAAUAGGUUAUAAAUAAAGAGUAUUUCUGACGGCGUGUAAUUGCCUACCUACCUUGUGUUAAGGUUCUCUAAAAAUAUGGCUCUGCAAGACGAGGAUUUAAUUAAAUCCUUCAUGUCCAUUGGCUUGAGUGAACAGAAAGCCAAAGAGACGCUGAAAAAUGUGAACGUGACGAAUACCCUAAAGUUGCUACUGAAGCAGGUUAGUGGUGUUGCCCUGUCUGAAGGGACUGGUAUGCUGAUCUAUCAUCUGGCAACAAAAACCAAGCCACAGAUCUGUGAGCAUCUUCCAUUUAUUGCCAAAUAUAUAGCCAGUAAGAAGUUGGAUUCAACUGUGAGAGUGGACAAGGCAAUUGAAUAUGUCCUGAGCCAUUUGCACAGCAUCAAAGAUGAUGAGUUUGAGAAGUUCUGUGGGGUGGGCAUUGUGGUCACACCAGAGCAAAUUGAGAAAGCUAUUGAGAAGCAAAUUGCCUCUGUUAAAAAUGAACUGUUGGAGAAGAGGUAUCGGUAUAACACUGGAUUGCUGAUGCAGAAAGUUAGGACUGAGUUACCAUGGGCUGAUGGUAAAGCCAUUAAGAGUGAAGUUGAUAUCCAGAUUCUAGAUUUGUUGGGACCAAAAGUUGAGGCAGAUUUAGCACCAGUUGCAAAAGAUAAGAAGGUCAAGGUGGCUGCAAAGGAAAAAGCGCCAGAGGUGAAAAAUAAUGUUAACACUGCUAGCAGUAACGCAUUGAGCAUUAUGGAUGUGAUGAAGAAAUUGAACUUCCACAAACCCGGUGAAAAUUUCAAAACUGAUGGAUACGUGGUGACUGAGAGGACGCAGGAGUUGAUGAAGCAGCAUCUGAAGUUGACCGGUGGUAAAGUGAAGACAAGGUUCCCGCCAGAGCCUAACGGUAUUCUGCACAUCGGUCACGCGAAGGCAAUCAAUAUCAAUUUCGGAUAUGCUGCUGCCAAUAGUGGCACAUGUUAUUUGCGUUACGACGAUACCAAUCCGGAAAAGGAGGAGGAGAAGUUCUUCGUUGGAAUCAAAGACAUCGUCGAAUGGUUGGGAUACAAACCGUCGAAGGUGACACAUUCUUCCGAUAACUUUGAUCAGCUGUACGAGUGGGCCGUGCAACUCAUCAAGGCGGAUCUCGCUUACGUCUGUCAUCAGACUGCUGAUGAGAUGAAAGGAUUCAAUCCUCCUCCAUCGCCUUACAGAAAUCGUCCGAUCGAAGAAAGUUUGCAGCUGUUUGAGGAUAUGAAAAAUGGAAAAAUGGAUGAGGGCGCGGCAACCUUAAGGAUGAAAGUCACUUUGGAGGAGGGUAAAAUGGAUCCGGUGGCGUACAGAGUAAAGUAUGCGCCCCAUCAUCGCACCGGAACUAAAUGGUGCAUUUACCCAACAUACGACUACACUCACUGCCUUUGCGACAGCAUCGAAAACAUCACUCACUCUCUUUGCACGAAAGAAUUCCAAUCUAGACGAUCAAGUUACUAUUGGUUGUGCAACGCUUUGAACAUCUACUGCCCCGUACAAUGGGAAUACGGUAGACUAAACGUCAAUUACACGGUGGUUUCGAAACGGAAAAUCGCUAAGCUAAUCGAAGAGAACAUCGUGAACGAUUGGGAUGAUCCUAGGUUGUAUACGUUGACGGCUCUACGUAGACGCGGUUUCCCCGCCGAAGCUAUUAACAAUUUCUGCGCUCAAUUGGGCGUGACGGGAGCGCAGAGCACGGUCGACCCGAGUAUGCUCGAAGCUUUCGUCAGAGACUACCUCAACAACACAGCCCCAAGGGUAAUGGCCGUGUUGGAUCCAUUGAAAAUCACUAUAACCAAUUAUCCUCAUGACAAGGCGACCACAGUAGAAGUUCCUAAUUUCCCGAACAAACCCGAAGCCGGAAACCACAACGUAGCGUUCGACAGAACUAUUUAUAUAGAGAGGGAUGAUUUCAUGGAGGUCGGUGAAAAGGGUUAUAGACGGCUUACCAAAACCCAGUCGGUCGGUCUUAGGCACGCUGGAUACGUGCUGGACGUGACGGAUGUGGUGAAGAACAAGCAAGGCGAUGUUGUCGAGGUAGUGUGCAAUUGCACAGCCGUAGAGAAGGCAGCCACGAAACCGAAGGCUUUCAUCCAUUGGGUCAGCGAUCCGGUGUCCGUCGAAAUCCGAAGCUACGCCAGCCUUUUCAAACAUAAAAACCCUGAGGAUCCAGCAGAAGUACCCGGCGGUUUUUUGAGCGACUGCAAUUUGGAUUCGCUUAGCAUAUCGACCGGAUACGCUGAUAAAUCGAUCCUAACUGCUAAGAUUUUUGAGAAGUUCCAGUUCGAACGGCUGGGAUUCUUCUCUGUCGAUCCCGACACGAAUAAGGACAUGAUCGUCUUCAACAAAACCGUUGGAUUGAAGGAGGACGCAGGCAAAUAGAUUUUGUCCAUUUUUAUAUGUGUAUACUAAAAAAAUGUCCAGUGAACAUCUCUUUUUUUAACUUAUUUCGGAAAUAAA